AUGUCGUCUCGCCGUGAAUAUCAGAUUCCGCGGGAAAAGUACUUCAUAAAAUUAUUAUAUAAUGAGAAGAAGGUGUGCGUUGCACGUGUUUUCAUAAACACGAAGAAAAUAUUAAAAUUGAAAGUUUUUUUUCACAACUGUAUUUUUUAUACGUAUUUUGGUGGUAAAAACGGAGUACUUUGUGGUGUUGUUGCUAAAUUAUGGGUGAGUUUUUCAUUUAUUUUGACUGAAUUUUUUUUUCAUGUAGAAAUAUUUAUCCACGAAAUGGAUUACUACAUUUUUGAUAUUUUUUCUCAAGGUGAAUCCGGUGAAUCUAGUAGUUCGUUACAUCGUUAUCCCUCGUAUAGUGAAUUUCACGAGGCUUUGGAUUCAUACGAAGUGAAGACGAAAACUCAUUACACAGUUUUGUCAGAAACCAAAGAUUUCAACAAAGAUCAAUGUUUACAAGAGGUUUUAGAAGCCUCUUCAUCACCUCAAAUUUGUUGGCAAUUAACACAUAAAGAAGACAGUCUUCCCAUUCAUUUUAAUGGCAUACCAUAUAUAUGGCUCGGUACAAAGAAAUACCAAUGCCACCAAGGGAAAGACAGAGGUAUCUCUAUAAAAAAGAAAUACAAACAAGAUCGAGAAGAAAAACUUCGUGGUGACCACCCCGAAUGUGUUAGAACGAGAAAACUGGCACAACACACCAAGAAGUUGGAUUGUCCUGUUGUAUUCAACGUGAAGAAACUCCUACUGUUUCCUGGGUAUAAAAUCGAAAAAGAUUCUAAAUGGAACAGAACUGUUGCUUCAAAAAAAUUGAAAGGCGCAUUGGUGAAGUAUCACAUGAAAGAUGAUCAAUUAACAAUAGAGAGUCGAUUGCAGUAUAUAACGACAUUUCCAUCUGGUACGAUUUUUAUAUUUCUUCAUAUACCAACCUAUAUGUUCUUCUUACUCGACUUUGUUCUAUCUGCAACAUGUACGACAGCAAAUUUUGGAACGAGCGCUAGCGCAUACUGGAUUUUUACGUUAUUUUUUAUUUGUUUGUUUUAUUAUUAUUUUUUAUUAUUAUUAUUUUAUUUUAUUUAUUUUUUUUUAUCUAGAGACGCAUAG